CCCAAGUGUUCAUUCACUAGUAAUAAGACGCACGUUGAACAGACAUCCACGGAGCGCAGCGCAACACUGAUGCGCCAAGUUAAGUACCAAAACAAGACAGUGGUGUUGCAUCGUCCUGCACACACACGCCGACGUAACCAGUGUGGAGUACUGUACUGUACUACUGUGGAAGCGAAGAGAACAGCGCGAACAGAGAGGGAGAGGGGACAGAAUAUGGAUAUUGGUCUUUCGUUAAACCUUUACCUCUUUUGGAUAACCUGGGAAUUCUAAAACAUCUUUUGGCAGGUUGGAGCAUCCAACAAAGAGUCUAAUUACGGAAAAACAACGAAGUGGAACGAGAAGAAGGAUUUAUAUUUUGUUCUUUCUUUCUGCUUUUUAUUUGGUCCCCCCCAACACUUUGGAAUAUUGGGGAUAUAUUGGCGGGUGACGCGUCUGCCCUGGAUCAGCGAGAAGGAUGGCAGCUUGGUUCACUUUUACCAUCGCAUUCAGCACCACUGUACUGACACAGGUAUUUGGAUCCGGUGUUUUUGAGAUCGAUCUACAUGAAUUUAAAAACAGCAAAGGAUUGCUGGAGAAUGGCAACUCGUGCAGGCUCAACUGCAGGACUUUCUUUCGUGUUUGUCUUAAGAACUACCAGGCGGUCGUGUCGCCAGGUGACUGUAUCUUUGGAAAUGCCUUGACACCGGUGCUAGGGACCAACUCCUUUAGCGCCAUGGACGGGGGAGCUUUCAGUAGACCCAUCCGACUCCCGUUCAACUUCGGAUGGCCGGGAUCGUUUUCUUUGAUAAUUGAAGCCUGGUAUUCACCUUCAACAGAUCUACCUGUUGACACCAGCAACCCAGAGAUGUUGAUUAGUUUCUUUUCCAUCCAGAGACAGCUGGGCGUAGGGACCGCCUGGUCUCUGGAUGUUCAGAGCGGCCGACAGACGGAGUUAAGGUAUUCUUACCGCUUCAUCUGCAAUGACAAUUACUACGGAGAAAGUUGUUCCAAAAUAUGCACGCCAAGAGACGACCGUUUUGGCCACUACACCUGCGACCUCGACGACGGGCAGUUGUCCUGUCUGCCCGGCUGGAAGGGGGAAUACUGCGAAGAACCCAUCUGCCUCGUGGGAUGCAGUGAAGGAAACGGAAACUGCUCCAGACCUGGCGAGUGUGUGUGCAGAGAAGGUUGGCAGGGUCUGUUCUGUGAUGAGUGUAAGAAGUACCCAGCUUGUAAGCAUGGCACCUGCCAACAGCCUUGGCAAUGUAACUGUAAGGAGGGCUGGGGAGGGCUCUUCUGUGACCAAGAUCUGAACUUCUGCACGCACCACCGGCCGUGUGUGAACGGGGCGACCUGUAUGAACACGGGUCAAGGCAGCUAUACCUGUACCUGUCCCCCUGGGUUCACUGGGGUCAACUGUGAGCUGGAGCUGCAGGAGUGUGACAGCGACCCCUGCAGGAACGGAGGACUCUGCACGAACCUGGAUGUUGGCUACAGGUGUUCGUGUCCGCAGGGCUUCGAGGGUUCUCACUGUGAACACAGCCUGCUGACUUGUGCUGACUCCCCCUGCUUCCACAGCGGACAGUGCCAUCAGAAGGACAACGGGCAUAGCUACAUCUGCGAGUGUCCUCCCGGAUACACAGGACUCAACUGUGAGAAGAGAGUGGACAAGUGCACAUCUCUUCCCUGCGCCAACGGCGGUCUGUGUUUGAUCCACGGUGGCGUGCGUCUGUGUAGCUGUCGCUCCGGUUUCUCCGGCCAGCGCUGUGAGAUCAACAUCAAUGAGUGUGCCGGGAACCCCUGCACCAACGGAGGGACCUGCCUGGACCGUAUCAACGACUACACCUGUCACUGCCCCCUGGGGUACGUCGGACGAAACUGCGACCGCGGCCUGGACGAGUGCUCCAUUCGCCCCUGUCUUAACGGAGGGCUCUGCACCGGGGGAGAGGGGCCGGGGAAACCCCCUGCCACCUGUAUCUGUCCAGCCGGCUUUACCGGAUCACGCUGCCAAUUCUUUGCUGUGACCCUGCCGGUGGGUGGGGAGAGGAUCAAUGGAGAGAGCCAAGAUGGCUUCCAGUGGGCGGCAGUUUCCUUGGCUGUAGGGCUGGUUGCAUUACUGGUGCUGCUAUGCAUGGUUGGGCUGGCUCUACGGCACAUCCACAGGCGGACCGGCAGGGACAGGGGAGAUGGGGAGACCAUGAACAACCUAUCAGAUGUACAGAGGGAUAACCUAAUCCCCGCCUCCCAGCUGAAGAACACCAAUCAGAAGGUUGGACUGGAAGUGGACUGCGAAUCAGAGAAGUCAAACUUCAUCCAUAAGAACUAUCAAUUGGACUCGUAUAGUAACGCAAAGUCGAAGGAGCUGAAGGAUGAUACAUCGCAAGAGGAUAGAAGCAAAAGUCAUGUGAUCUAUGACACGUGUUUAGAAGAGAAAAUGCCACUGAGUAGAAUGUACAGUGAAAAGUCGGAGUGUAGGAUAUCAACGAUAUGUUCCCCUCGAGACGCUCAGAUCUACCAGUCCGUCUUUGUUAUAGGAGAGGAGCGGAGGGCGUGCGUCAUAGCAACAGAGGUAUAAGCUGCGAGGGGUUUGAAGAAGCGAUAGAGGAGAAACACAAUCGAGGCAGAAUUUUUUAUUUUUUUCUGGAUUGUUUACAAAAAAUCUGAGAAAAGACUGGAGACUGUUUCUGAUGUCACUGCCGAUGUCACUGCUGAUGUCACUGCUGAUGUCACUGCCGAUGUCACUGCCGAUGUCACUGCCGAUGUCACUGCCGAUGUCACUGCCGAUGUCACUGCCGAUGUCACUGCCGAUGUCACUGCUGCUCUGGAACACUUGAGAGAUGGCGAGAGAGAGACGAGGAGACAGAGACAGAGAUGGACGAACCCUCUCCUCUUCUCUGUAAACGAUCUAAUGAACACUAGCCUGAGAACUUUAUUGACCGAGUGUUUGUAUACAAAACGUGCACAGUACCGGUCAUGAACCUGUUGAAUUCUGGGAACGCUUAAACAAAUGGUUAAAAGAGUGACUGAACUGCACAGAGUGUGGAGGAGAGACUAGGUGAAACAGGACAAAUGGUCCGGAGCUCGUAGUUGACCCCUGACCUCUCAGUUGACCCCUGCCCGACCUAAUCAUGGGGACUUCGACAGCCAACUAAAUCAAAAUGGAGGUGCCUGAGAUUAGACUGAUCUUUAACCCCUAGCCAGCAUCAUUCACCAGCUAUGCAGGACCCAAGGUCCAGGGUGGAGCCAACUCGCUGAAACUGACCAACCAACCGCAAACAACCGACUGACUAGUUGAUGAAAACCAGAGACUAAACGACGACAAAACACUGAGAACGAUGAAUGUCUGACUGAACAAACAAACUAACGUCUCAACUGUCAGUCACUCCGA